AUGGAGGGAAAGCCCGUGGAGACAAAGCACACCAUAAAAUUUAAUAACAACAUCCCUCCUGUAAUGUGCACGCUGCCGCACAAACUCGAGGUGUGGAGCUACUUUCGCAAAGAAUGGAACAUAUACACAAACACUGAGAUACGUAAAACAACGUCGGAGUACUGUCCCUUUGGAGCGCUUUGGGGUUCGUUCAUGGGCAUUACCAACUUUUGCGAUUUAUGGCGGACAAGAACCGUCGACUGGACGUCUCCAAUUUUCUUCCAAAUUUUCGUGAAAGGGGUGACACACACAUUUUACGACGAAAACAUCGAAGGCGGGAAGUUCACAGUGGACGUGGAGCCCGCCUACAUCCCCACGCUUUUUCAUCUUGUUAUAGAUGCCAUUGUUUGUCGGCGAAUGCUCCAUUCCUUUCUUGUUGAGGGUAUCACAGUGCUUUGCAAUGAUCCACAGUACAAAGUGUCUUUAUGGGUUUCGAGUUUAGAGGGCGCCGAACAAGCUUCGUUAUUGACUGAGUUCAAUUACCUCAUCAAAAAGUCAGGGAGUCUUCAAGCUGCCCAUUUUUACUCGCAUGUUUCCGUUUUGUUCAAACCCGAAACCGAAAACAAAACGCCGUUUUCGAUUUUUCGUGAUUCAAUAGAACCGAAACCACUCAUUGAAAUUUUCGAUUGCCAAAAAUCAAAUGGAUCGUUUUGGGGAGAUUGUUUCGACGAAUUGAAAGGAGACCAAAAACUCUUUGUGAACGACUUUAUUCGCAAAAACGAAAGUUACUUGUGGCUUCUCAAUUUCACAGGGAUUAUCGGACAAAAGUCAAAACAUAAGGAGAUUGGCAAGAAAGAAGGAAAACUCAAAGCUAAAGAAAAAAUCUCAAAAAAAGACGAAAAAAAACGACGAAAGUCAGUCGCACUGCCAAUUUCCCUCAAUUUGGCUGCAAAUCCGUUCGUACCAAAAAAGAAAAGAGAUGAAAAAAGCGAAGAAAUGAGCGAACAGGCGUACGUUUCUGAGGUUGUGGGAAUUUCAUCAGAUGUUUCAGGAGAUGAGUUUUCGGAGUCGGUUGAAGACGAAAAAAGUCCAAACUCUCUAAGCUCAGAGAGUAUACAAAAUAAUAUUAAUCCACAAGAUUUGGAAAAAUGGCGAAACGAAAAUCGAGAGAUUGGAGUGGAUGACAACACAGCCGGAACGAUGGUAAAUAUGUGCGCGGAAAAAAUUGAGAGUUGCAAUGAUAAAAGUAGUGAAGAAGAAUGGAAUGAGGUUGUUUCAACACAAAAGACUGAUAAGAAAACAAAAAGCGUUAAAAGGGGUUAUAAAGUCGAGGCUGUUAGACCGACACCUGGGGCGCUAAGAGUUGUCGGUCCGGACAGACAAACAACUCCCAUUUUCGAAAAGCAGUCGAGACAGUGGAAAACUGAAAGUGUGAGAGUUGGUGCUCGGCACGUGUUGAUGAAGAAAGAGACCGAGGAAGAUGUCCCAACACAACCCUUUCGUUCUCCCGCGCCAGUAAAAAUGGUUAUCAUCGACAAAGAUCCAAUCGAAGAAAUCAAUGACGCCACGAUUUCUUCGAACGAUUUUAAAGAACAAAACACCCAAAACCUGGUUGAUAAGUCUCGCGCUAUUCAAAACUCGACACGCCCCAUCGAGAGUGAAGUCGAAAAAGGAACACCUGUGAAUGCAAUAGAAAAUUUUUACAAAAUCCCCAAAACAGAGAGAUCUGAAAAGAAAUCUAAAACAAGGGAGAACAAGGCAAAGCGGAAGCUUGUUGUUGUGGAGGCGAAAUCAGUAAGCUGGUGCGAGUCGUUGUAUAACAGAAAUCCAACAAUCCUUCUUGUCAUCACGGUGAUGUGCAUUGUUCUUGCGGGUUUGGUUGUACUUAUCGUGCACCACUACUUCUUUGUUGAUGAUGACGAUUAUUACUAA